AUGUCUGAGAGAAUACUGAGGAGCUAUGAUCCACUGGCAUAUCAUGUUAAUGUAGUAAGUGAUUUGGACAAAAGAUUAGUAAUGGCUUUCAAAGAACGAGACAAUAAUUCAAUUGACGGCAUGCUCCUGACAGCAUCGAAAAUGGAUUUUGAUGUUUUUAUUUGUGUUAGUGAUGGGUAUCAUGCCUUUAUUUUAUUGUCACCACAUCCGAAUAGAGACACAUAUAAGAUAGUGGAUCCUUUAAAAAUGAGACCAGAAAUGUCAUCGAAACCCGAGGAUAUUCCAGAACUGUUAUUGGUUCAUCAAAUGGAGCUCUGCUAUGAAGAUGUUUUAGCCAAGAUGUAUAGAAUAAGAUGGAAAAUAACUACGUUUGUCAACGUGAAGAAUCGAAUCAAGAGAGCGUAUUUCAUUGGUCACUACUUUGGUCUGUCUAAUGUGGCCAUCCAAUUGGCCGGAUUAAGAGCAUCACCUGGUCGUUACAGUGUUUUAUUGGAUGAUUGUGUAGAGUUCGCUAAGAAGUCUUGUUUAGAAAUGUUGGUUUAUGCGACGAACAGAUCGACCAUAGAAAAGGAAGUAAAACAUAAUAUUAGAGCGGCAACAAUCUCCGGUUUCACAGCCGAACAACUUUCUCGGGAAAUACAGAGUUCUGCCUAUUCACUGAACUCCAUACUCGGUGGUGUGGAUAUAUCCAGUUAUCUUAUCCAGGGCAAAAUGAAAUUCUGUUGCAUCCUGAUAUUCAUCUUGUUUGUAUUAAUCUACCCUUUUAUUGUUUUUUGGCUGUUAAGUGAUUAUUAUAAGAAAGGUUGA